GCAGAGCCGGUGCGUGCGGGCGGCGGCGGGGAGCCGUGCGGGGCCCGGGCCGGGGCCGGCAGCCACAGCGGCGGCGGCGGCGGCGGCGGCGGCCGGGAGGAUGGGCGAGCGCUGUUGUGCGGCGGUGCUGCGGGUGCUGGUGCUGCUGCAGGCGGCCUGGGCGCUGGCGGGCGGGCAGGUGCGCUACUCGGUGCCGGAGGAAGCCAAGGCCGGCACGGUGGUGGGCCGUCUGGCGCAGGACCUGGGCCUGGAGGCGGGCGAGGCGGAGGCGCGGCGGCUGCGGCUGGUGGCGCAGGGCCGGCGGGCGAGCGUGGAGGUGAGCGGGGCGAGCGGCGCGCUGCUGGUGAGCUCGCGGCUCGACCGGGAGGAGCUGUGCGGCAAGAGCGCGCCGUGCGCGCUGCGCCUGGAGGUGCUGCUGGAGCGGCCGCUGCGCGUCUUCCAUGUGCAGCUGGAGGUCACCGACAUCAACGACAAUGCCCCCGUCUUCCCCGCCGCCCGCAAAAACCUCAGUUUAUCGGAGAACUCUCCUCCUGGGAUCCGUUUCCCGCUGGAGGGCGCGUCGGAUGCGGAUAUCGGAGCGAAUGCGCAGCUCUCCUACACACUCAGCCCCAGCGAGUAUUUCUCUCUGGAUUUACAAAAAUCGAAUGAGCGGAAUAUUGAGCCUGAACUCGUUUUAACGAAAUCUCUGGACCGCGAGACGAUUCCCGUGCACCGGUUGGUGCUGACGGCGAGUGACGGGGGCCGGCCGUCUCUGACGGGCACCAUGGAGCUGGUGAUCUCGGUGCUGGACACUAACGACAACGCUCCCCAGUUCAACCAGUCGAUGUAUGAAGUGCAGCUGCCCGAGAGUGCUGUGGCCGGGACGCUGGUGACGAGGGUGAACGCCACCGAUGCGGACGAGGGAAUUAACAGUGAAGUGACCUAUGCCGUUACGAAUUUCAUUCCCCCGAGUGGACGAGAUGUGAUUUCCAUCAAUGCUAAUACCGGGGAAAUUCACCUCACAGCAGCCCUGGACUUCGAAGAAGUCAAUAUAUUUGAUUUUCGUAUUGAAGCGAGAGACAAGGGGACACCUCCACUGUCGGGUCACUGCAAGGUGGUGCUGGAGGUGCUGGACGUGAACGACAACGCGCCGGAGGUGUGGGUGACGUCGCUGUCGGUGCCGGUGCCCGAGGACGCGUCGGUGGGGACGGUGGUGGCCCUGCUGAGCGUGUCGGACCGGGACUCGGGGGAGAACGGGCGCGUGCGGUGCUGGGUGUGGCCGGCGUCGCCGUUCGGUCUGGAGGCGACGUUCGCGGGCUCGUACUCGCUGGUGCUGCGCGAGGCGCUGGACCGGGAGCGGGUGUCGGAGUACGAGGUGGAGGUGCGUGCGGAGGACGGCGGGGCGCCGGCGCUGCGCGCCAGCCGCGGGCUGCGGGUGCCGGUGUCGGACGUGAACGACAACGCGCCCGCGUUCGCGCAGGCCGUGUACACGGUGCUGGCGCGGGAGAACAACGCGGCGGGCGCGGAGCUGGCGCGGCUGUGGGCGCGGGACCCGGACGAGGCGGGCAACGGGCGCGUCAGCUACUCGGUGUGGGAGGGCGGCGCGGGCGUGGGCGGCGCGGCCGCGGGGUCGUCGUCGUCGUCGUCGGGCGGCGGGUGGCGGCCGGCGUCGAGCUACGUGUCGGUGGACGCGGAGAGCGGGCGUCUGUGGGCGCUGCAGCCCUUGGACUACGAGGAGCUGCAGGUGCUGCAGUUCGAGGUGCGCGCGGUGGACGCGGGGCAGCCGCCGCUGAGCGGCAACGCCACGGUGCAGCUCUUCGUGCUGGACGAGAACGACAACGCGCCGGCGCUGCUGCCGCCCGCGGGCUCGGCCCCGGAGGCGGGCGCCGUGGCGGCCGAGGCGGCGGCGGCGGCGGCGGCGGCUGUGGGGGCGGGCUCGGCGCCGGGCACGCUGUGGGCGUGGGCGGCGUGGGGGGCGCCGGCGGGGCAGGUGGUGGCCAAGAUCCGCGCCGUGGACGCCGACUCGGGCUACAACGCGUGGCUGCGCUACGAGCUGUGGGAGCCGCGGGGCAAGGGCCCGUUCCGCGUGGGGCUCUACAGCGGCGAGGUGAGCACGGCGCGGGCGCUGGACGAGGCGGACGGGCCUCGCCACAGGCUGCUGAUCGUCGUGCGCGACCACGGCGAGCCGGCGCGCUCGGCCACGGCCACGCUCAGCGUGUCGCUGCUCGAGGCGGCCGAGGCGGCGCUGGCCGCGGCCGCGGGAUCCUCGUCGUCGUCGUCGUCGUCGUCGCUGUCGCGCUCGGCCGUGGGCGUGGAGCUGGGGCCCGGGGCGGCGAGCGCGGCCACCAACGUGUGGCUGGUGGUGGCCAUCUGCGCCGUGUCCAGCCUGUUCCUGCUGGCCGUGGUGCUGUACGGGGCGUCGCGCUGGGCGCCGCGGGCGGCCGUGCUCUCGGGGCCCGGCCCCACGACGCUCGUGUGCGCCAGCGAAGUGGGCAGCUGGUCGUACUCGCAGCGCCACAGCCGCAGCCUGUGCGUGGCGGACGGCGCCGCCAAGAGCGACCUCAUGGUUUUCAGCCCCAACUUCCCUCCGCCGCCGCCGCCCGGCCCCGCGCCCAAGGACACGCAGCCGGAGCCCUCCGCUCUCCUCGACACGGUCAGUGGCAAUACCUUGCUCGCCUUUACUCUUUCGCUUCCCCCUCUGCCAGGUGUCGCCCGACCCCUGGGCUGUUCCUGUUUGUAGCUUGGCUGCGCCCCCAUGGUCUGAGAGCCUCCUAAUAUUGGCUGAAUCUUAAAAAUGUUAACGGCACCUUUGCAUCUGCCUCGCCUCCUUGUCGGAGCCCCCCAUCUGUUACCGAGGUGGGGAAAUGUCUUCUGGCAUCCCGCAGCCAUUUACGGACCGUACCUGAGGUUUUUUGCUCCGAGUGCGAGUUGUUCUCUCUUAGAUUUGCUCUCCUGUAGAAAUAAAUCUCUGUUGUUUAUGGUAAUAGGGGCGCCGAGGUGUCAGCUCUGCAGGCAACGCUGUUGCUCGCUGGUGUGUAGCAUUCUAACCCGGUCCUGUUGAAGGAGGUGAAAACACACAGGCUGUAGUGGUGACAAUCCCCCAGGCACCAUGUGCCACUUAACUGUCUUCAGUCAUUGCUGACUGUGCUGAUAUCAGCAUUGUCAAAAAUUGAGCCCUCUUCCCCUCCAGUGCAAGUGGUGCUGAAAGGCUCCAGUUGAGGCCUCCAGGUUUUCUCUCCCCAUGGUGUGAUUUUUCCCCAUUGAUUCUCCCAGCAGAUUGAUUAUUGUACCUGGGAAGGCCUUCUUGGACUUUUCCCGUUUUCUUUUUCCAGUGUGUUGUUUUUCUAGAUUGCAUUAUGAACUGUUUAUGCAGAGGUUGGAGAUUCAGAGUUGGAGUAUAAAAAAGAAUUUCUUUUUCACAAGUCCCUCCCCCCGCAAAAUCAUUCUGUGUACUUUUGUUUGUGGCUGGAGAUGACACUUGCCUCUCUCGAUUUUCUUUCAAUACUGGUAUCACCACUGCCAGAGUCGUGAAUUAUCUGGAAACAUUCUCUUAAAAAACGCAUGAAUAUACCUGUGUGGAUAUUAUCCCUUACACUGCUGUGGUCAUCAGCAUUUGUUUUUUCCCAUGAGAUCAUGAAAUUAAUGCUCAUUGUCAUUAGAGAUAUCCUGAUAUCAUGUCUACAAAUAGAUGUCUAACAUUUCAGGAGAGGAACUUGCAGGUGAUUAGGAUUUCCAUCCAGAAUAGCUGAAGCAUUAGGAAGCACAAAGGGCCAACUACAGGGAUUCUGCUGAGCACAGCAUAUAUAAUAUCAGGUGUAUGGGGGUUUUGUUCUGUCAUUGGUGGAAUGGUUGUAGGUUUGCAUUCCUCAACAAGAAUUUGCAUGAUGAACACUGGCUUUUUGUGGUAUUCUUGGAAUAUCAUAACAAGUAUCAGGAACUGCGUCCUUUCAAAAGCCCCGGGAAGUUACCAACAAAGAAUGAGCUCAACCAACCAACCAACCAAGCACCAAAAUCCCUAAUAACAAAACCUGAAACAUGAAUUCACCUACAGAAACAAUAUAAUCCUUUACAUUGGGGUGUUUGUCAAAUGAUUGAGUUAUUCUCUCACAACAUGAAAUCAAUGCCAUUGCCCUUUGGAGUUAUUCUGACAUCACCUUUAGAAAGAGCAGAGUGCUGGGCAUGGUCUGUGUGAUACCAUCUGUAUGUUUUUUUAUGGUGCUCUCAUUGCUGGCAAUUGCUGCAGUGAGCCCUGUGGAGGCAAAGAAGGCAGUGACAGGUUGCAGAGGUGAUUGUGGCCGUGGCAUUGUGCAGGUCCUGGCCAUUUCCUGAAAUCAAGGUUGACGUUGAGAAGUGAGAUUUGUCCAAUGGAGUUGAAAGCCCUUGGGAAGACCAUGGAUCAUGCCAUGAGACAAUCCUCUAGGUACUAUUGACUGUGCUGUUACUGUUGCUGUCUGCUGACCAUGCUGGGAUUUAGUGUGGUUUCUUAUGAAGAGCUCUGUACUCUUCUUUGACUCUCCUCAAUAGAGAGGUGGUGCCUCUCUGUCCUCAUGGCGUAAUUUCUUCCAUUUGCUUGGCUCACCUGAGUGAUUGUGAAAGCAGGGGAGUUCUUAAACGCUUCUCCUGUGAUUUUUCUCCAAGUAGGUUUUUAUUCUAGUUACCAGUAGAAAGUGUGCAGGCCGAGGAGGGUGACCUAAAGUGUAUGUUUUCUUUGUUUUGUCUUGCCUUUCUGAAGUGCAUUGCAGCUUGAUUGUCCCAUGAGGUGGCAUGACCAUACACUAUCCUGUUUUCAUGUUAUGCUAAUAUUUGCAUCAGCAGCCACACCCUUAAAAAACCCCUGGAAACCCUCUUUUCAAAAAAAAAAAAAAAAAAGAA